AUGCGUCCCCUCGCCGCAUACGCGGCACCACCGCUCCUCCUCCUCCUCCCGGUCCUCUCCUCCGCGCAGCUCCUCCUCGCUCCCCAAACCAACACCUUCAACUCCUCCUUCGCCCUCACAUUCGCGCAAGUCUCCGCCGCGAACAUCAGCUUCCCCACGGCCUCCAACGUCGCCGUCGCCGCCUCCUUCGAGCGCUCCAACUGGGCUCCCUCAGGCUCCGUCUUUGACGACCCCUUCUACACCGACCUCCCCGCCAACGCCUCCUCUGCACCGCCCGGCUCGCUUCUCAAGCUCGAGGCCUUCACAAACACGAGCGGCUAUACCAUCGCUCCGACGCUCGCCCUCUCUCGCCUCGUCUACCAGUCCCGCCGGCUCGAUGGCGUGCUUGUGCCCGUCUCGGCGUACGUCCUGUGGCCGUAUCAUCCGCGGCGCAAACUUGCCGGCAAGCUCGGUGGCAAGAUCCCCCUCGUGAGCUGGGGCCAUGGCAAUAGCGGCGCGUUCGCAGAGUGCGCGCCCUCGCAUAUCCGCAACUUGUGGUACCAGUUCUCGGCGCCGUAUGAGCUCGCGCUGGCUGGCUACGCCGUCGUUGCGACGGACUACGCCGGUCUCGGCGUGCCGUGGUACCCGCGCAAUGAGUCUGAUGGCAUACACGCCGUCAACAUAACGCAUCAGUUUGCCGCCUCUCCUGCCGCGGGAAACGACCUCCUGUACGCCGCACAGGCAGCCCAAGCUGCCUUCCCGGAUGUCCUGACGCGCGAGUUCGUUGUUGUGGGACACUCGCAGGGCGGUGGUGCCGCGUGGGCCGCAGCGCAGCAGCAGUUGCAGGCGCAAGUUCCGGGAUACCUCGGCGUCGUCGCGGCGUCGCCUACUACCAGCGCCCUCGAGAUCGUCGAGGCCAACCCGGCGCAGGCCCUGGGGUUCCUUCUCAGCGCCCGGUCCAUGGUGUCUGCGUUCCCGCCGGGCGAAAUGUCGCUCUCAGACGUCCUUACGCCAGAGGGCAUCGCGACGCUGACGCUCCUCGAGGAGGUGCAGGGCUGCAACUCGGUGUUCACGACACUCCUGCAGGGCAUCUUCACCGCGGACCCGACGCGGCAGCUGAUCAAUCCCCAGCUGUUUACCAACCCAUACGUGCAGGAGUUCCAGAACAUGAGCAUCGCCGGUGGCAAGGACUUUGCUGGCCCCAUGCUCGUCCUCCAGGGAGACACUGACCCGGCUAUCCCUGAGGAGUUGACGACGAAAUACGUCAACGUGACUUGUCAAAAUUAUGGCAAUCGCGGCUUGCACUAUGUGCGGGCCAAAGGCGUCGGCCAUGUGCCGGUGAUGUAUGCCACGCGGCAGAUCUGGCUCGACUGGCUGGACGACCGUUUUUCUGGAGUCACCCAGCCGCCGUUCUGUUCGUCAGAGGACAUUGGAGGUAAUGCGCCGCGGCCGCUGACAGAGUACCAAGGAGACUUGAACUAUUUUCUCGAGUACUCGCUUUCGUCGUACCAGGUGGCCUGA